AUGUUUGCCGACAUACAAAAGACUCCAACAUCAGAUGAAAAUAUCCAGCAUAGAAUGGAAGAACUGAAAAAAAAUGUACACAAAUACAACAACCCUUUUUACUUACGAGCAUUUAACGUUCAAUCUUCGGAUGAACUCGGUGAAGAUAAAAGGUUAAAUUUCAAGAAAACAUAUAGAAAUGAAACAUUGUUUAAAGUUCAUUCAGAACCUAACCAAGAUGGAAACAAACCUACUUUUGUUUCUGCAGACGAUGGAACUACAAUGAGAUGGGGUCAUAAAGCUAACCCGGAUAGGUGGUUCAUAAACUUACAACCUCAAUUCCAAGAAGUUGUAGACGCAAUGGAAGUCAAUGGUGAACCAGAUAUAGCUGGUAUUUUCAGCGCGGCUUUAAUGCCAUUGAAAGAUAUGAAAGAUGCAGAUAUUUUGGACCAGUAUGAAAUGAACAUGGCUGAUGGAAAUAUAACACCUGACGUUCUAGAACAUUUAUCUCAAAGAACUACACAGAACCAUAGAGAUGGUAUAUUUGGUGAAGAGUUUAGAAAGAAAGUUAGGGAGAUAGAAGGAAGAGAACCUAUUGUACAUGACCUUGCAAACGAAAGUUUACAAAAUGUCAUAAAAACUUACUUUGCAGACAAUGAACCGAGAAGGGAUGAAUAUUUAAGAAAACUCAAAUGGACAGUACCAAAUGAAAUGUUAGUAUUGAAAAACAUGUUCCUUGACAAAAUAAAACCAACUACAGAAAUAAACGACGCAAGACUGAAAGAUUGG